GUCAGGGGGCGCACGCUACCCGCCGGGGUGGCGUGUUGCAAGCCCGUCACAACUCGCCGGUAGCCGCCGCCCGCAGCUCAGUGUCACCUCAAGCGCCACAGGGUGCGGCCGCCUGCCUUGCCGCCGCCGUUUUUUUGCCGCCGUUGCCGCCGCCGCGGCCAUCGCCUCAAUCUUCACCCACCCACCCUGCCACCCCUGUAGUGGUAGCGCCCGACUCCAGCUGACCGGCCUGGAAUCCCGGUUUCGAGCCCCGGCCUGGACCCUCCCUCUGCCUUGAGCCACCCCGACCCCGAGAGAGAUCUGGUGCCGCCGCCGCCGCCGCCAUGGGAGAUACCGGCAGCGAGCGCAGCAAAGCCCCUAGCUUGCCGCCCCGCUGCCCCUGCGGGUUCUGGGGGUCCAGCAAGACUAUGAAUCUCUGUUCCAAAUGCUUUGCUGAAAAAAGAAAUCCACACAAUGAAAAAGAAUUUCAAAAGAAGCAACCAGAUGAUGAGUCCACUCCGAGCACAAGCAGCAGCCAAUCGGAUUUGUUCUCUGGAGAAACAAAUAGUGACAACAGUAAUACCUCCCUUUCUACACAGACUGUUAACUCCAACCAGCAACUUCCGACAGAAUUGAAUGUAACUUCAUUGAGCAAAGAGGAAUGUGGGCCAUGCACAGAUACAGCUCAUGUCUCCUUAACCACAGCAACCAAAAGAUCUUGUGAUUCAGAUUCACAGUUGGAGAACGAGGCUUCUCCUGAGAAACGACCACGGUUACUGGAGGACAGUAAUGACAGACCUGAAGAAAUCAGCCGUUCGAAACAGAAGAGCAGACGUAGGUGUUUCCAGUGCCAAACAAAACUGGAACUGGUACAACAGGAACUGGGAUCAUGUCGCUGUGGUUAUGUCUUCUGUAUGUUGCAUCGCCUGCCUGAACAGCAUGAUUGCACAUUUGACCACAUGGGCCGUGGGCGUGAAGAAGCCAUUAUGAAAAUGGUGAAACUGGACCGGAAAGUGGGGAGAUCAUGCCAGCGCAUUGGCGAGGGCUGCUCCUGAGCUGCAAGACUCUCUACAACCAAAUGCCGUUCUCUUAGUUCACUAAUGUUAGCCUUAUUUAGGACAAAGUCAGCCAGACACCUUGUACUGGGCAAGUUUCAGACUACAGCCAAUCAAUUUGCUUUCUUUAGCCAACCAUCCUGGUACUGUAGUUUAGGGGUUAAUGGUGAUUGACAUUGAUUUCUGGCUGGUUGUUCAGGUGCCUGCUAGCCACCAUAUUAAAAAAAAUGAAGAAAUAUUUUUGAGCAUGGGUAGUGGAUUUUAACAAAAAAAAACCUAAAGGCUUCUGUUAUUGCAGGAAUCGAGCUCUUUAAAAAAGAAAGAAAAAAAAAGAAUAAGCCUUAUGCUGGUAAGUUUCCAGCAGCUGGGUAGAAACUGAUGUAAAAGACUGCUAUGUGUACAUACCUCUCUGGAAGAAAGAGCCCUAACAGCCUGGUUUUCCUAUCCUAGUUAACCUUGAAGGGGUGAUACUCUGCUUAGAGCAGGCAGUGCAGCUGCUGAACCCAGAAGACCUAAAUGGUCACUUAUGCCAUCUUUCCAUAUGUUUUCUGAGGUUAGGUAGCAUCACCAGCAUCAGGGACUCUCUUGGGAUGGGAAUCUCCUUUACGAGAAGCCACAAAGAUGGAGACAAAUUCUUACGACAACUUUUAUAUCAAACACAUUACAGGGAAACUAUUUCUUCACUUAGGUGGAGGAGCAGACACUUUUGUUAAAGUUAGCUCCAUUCUGGAACAAGCAGUAAACAGUGUGCAUUUUCUACACAGCAUCUACAUUGUUUCUUGAAGGGUGUUAUCAGAUCCCAUAUGCCAACCAUUGUGGCUGUAUAGCAUCAGCCAAAACCUGAUUGGCUCUUGUUUGCCUUUUGCUAAGUGCAGGUAUCUGAUAACUGAUCAAAUAAGGCUAAUGCACAGCACAGUAGCCAUGGCUGGAUCCUACAGACUGACUUUCUGUAGCUAAACUUUUAUUGAGGGGUAAAGGACAUUUUGUAGCAGACAGACUUCAGUAACAGUAUUGGGGAACAACCAGGAAAAUCUACCCUUAUUGAAGAGUUUGUAUGCUUCCCUUCCAGUGUGUUAAGGAGAUAAUCAAAAGGGCUGUUCUAGCCUUGCAACUAUGCAACUUCACUGUCAGUGAAGGUUUGUGCCCAUCAUCUGUUGCAAAGCAGUUGAUUGUGGAAUGCAUUGCAUGACAUUGGGACUCUCCAGAUGUUCUUUGGAGCUUCAGUUGUCUAUUGUGGUCUAUCAAUCUCACUGAGCUGAACUGCACAAUUUUUUGUCCUGUGCAGUGGCAGAAAAAUGGCUAUAUCUGUCUGCCUUCAGCUAUGAGCAGAUGUUUCUGUAGAAGGAAGAACUCACGCUGGUGGUGGAAUAGUGUGGUAUAUUUACCCCCCUGAGCCAGUUCGUGCUCCAUUAGCAAAUUGGGAAUUAGGUAUAUAGUUGGGAAUGGGAGACCUGUUGGAGGAAGGGACAGAUUGAUUUGUCUCACACUUGGACAAGUAGGUUACUUUGAAGCCACCUAGUGAAUUAAUUACCCAUAUGUCACUCUAAAAAAAUGAGUUGUGAGUCAAACAGUUUAAAUAAAUCACUGACUGUU